AGCUUCGACAUGAAGGAGGAGCAGCAGAUGCUGGAGGGCGAGGCGGCCGCCGUGCGCAGACACCAGUCCAUGCAGCGCCUCUCCAGGGCCGACCUGCUCGACGCCAGGCACCACGAAGACGUGGGCGCGCUGGUGGUGCCCGACCAGCAGGGGAACCUGCGCAUCACCGUCAAGAAGACCAAGCCCACGCUCGGCAUCGCCAUCGAGGGAGGCGCCAACACCAAGCACCCGCUGCCGCGCAUCAUCAACAUACACGAAAAUGGUGCUGCUUUCGAAGCAGGUGGUCUUGAAGUGGGACAGCUGAUCCUUGAGGUGGAUGGUCAGAAGGUGGAAGGCAUGCAACACCAGGAUGUUGCAAGACUGAUAGCAGAAUCUUUUGCCCGAAGGGAGCGGAGUGACAUCGAGUUCCUUGUGGUUGAGGCAAAAAAAUCGAACCUAGAGCCAAAGCCGACAGCACUGAUCUUCCUGGAGGCCUAGCAGUUGCUCUCCCUCCCUUGAGCCUGAGCUGCAACAAACCUCCUAGUCCUUGUGUCUGCCCUCCAGCACUGCUGAACUUAUCUUGCCAGGAAUUUGCUUGGCCCAUGCACUCUGACAUUGUAAAUAUUGUGUGUCAUGGGACAUACCCACUCUGCUGCUGUUUCCUAUCAGAGAGAAUGCAAACUGCUUUAUGUGUCACCUUUACGAAUGUAAAAUAAUCAAGAGACAAGGAAAGCCUUGGAAGAUUAUGAGGAGUGGACCAGCAAGUGCCUACCUGUAAACACAGCCAGCAGUCAGUCUGAGUGUUUUUCACAUAAUUUAUGUUGUGUAAUCUUAAGUAGUGUUAAAUUUGGAGGGAUUACAAGGGUGAUGGCUGUUGUUUGUUGUAGAUCUGUUAACUGUAACACAGUUUCCAAAAUGGUUCUAGGGAAGGGAGUAAAAAAUAAAUCCUUACUGUGCAGCUGAAACUGCAUAUUCCCAUUUUGUAUACAUCAAAGGUUUACUAUGCAACAAACUAGAUUCAUUACAAAAUCAUUAUUCGACAAAACAUUUGUAAUCUACAUGCACACAAAAACAGAACAGACAUACACAAAAGAAAGAAAUCACA